ACGAGGGCGGAGCGAACAGCGUGAACCUGAGUGUUUACAGCAGCCGCGGCGGGGCCACUCCGGAGGUGCGAGGAGCCAAACUCCGCGUGUCGGUCUGGUCUUCCACGGGGGUUUCGUCGCAGAGUCACAUCUGCUCCGAGAGCAGCCGCUGGAGAGUGAAGCCGCGCAGUCCCUCCUCCUAAACUCCCUUCCUCACGUCUCUGGAAAGUCCAAAAGGACAGAGAAGGUGGGGGCAAACGGCAGAGAGAACCAUGUUUUCCUUCAUGUUCCUGCUCCUCCUGGUUCCACGUGUGUUGUUCUCCUCGACACAUGUAGCGGUGAUCUCCCCGCAGGAUCCAGUCCUGCGUAUCGGCUCCAGUCUGACAGCCAGGUGCACGCUGAGCCCUGAGCUCGGCCUCCACGCCAGCACACUGUACUGGACGCUGAACGGGGUGCGCCUGUCCAGCAGCACCUGCAGCGUGGUGUCCUCCGACGUCCUGAGCGUCACCCUUCACAACCUGAACGGCUCCCGCCAGCAGUCUGGAGACAACCUGGUGUGUCACAGCGCAGAUGGACACGUCCUGGGCGGUUCUUGUCUCUAUGUGGGCAUGCCUCCAGAAAAACCGGACAAUUUAACAUGUUGGUCCCGCAACACGAAGGACUUGAGCUGCAAGUGGAGUCCAGGGGGGUCGGGUGAAACCCACAUUCGAACCAUAUACACCCUCAAGUACAAAUUGAGGUGGUACGGGAGAGAGAAAGAGUGUGAAAAUUACAGCUCAGGGAAGCAGUGUUACUCCUGCUACAUCCCUCGCAACCUCGCCCUCUUCACCCCGUAUGAGAUCUGGGUGGAGGCAACCAAUCAGCUGGGCUCUGCCGCCUCUGACAUCACCACCCUGGACAUCCUGGAUGUAGUGACCACAGACCCUCCUGCCAACGUGCACGUGAGUCGUGUCGGCGACCUUGACGACCAGCUGACGGUCCGCUGGGCCAGCCCACCCGAGCUCAAGGACAUCCUGUUUCAGGCCAAGUAUCAGAUCCGCUACAGACUGGAGGACAGCACUGACUGGAAGGUGGUGGAUGAUGUUGGUAACCAGACAUCAUGUCGGCUGGCAGGCCUCCGCCCUGGGACCGUCUACUUUGUCCAGGUGAGGUGCAACCCAGUGGGCAUCUAUGGCUCCAGGAAGGCCGGAAUCUGGAGUGACUGGAGUCACCCGACUGCUGCCUCCACGCCCAGCAAUGAGCGUCUGCAGAGCGGCUCGUGUGAUCCUAAGCCCGGUGAGCAGAACUCCACCCUGCGGCGGGAACUCAAGCAGUUCUUCGGCUGGGUCCGCAAGCACACGUAUGGCUGCAGCGGCAUGUCAAUCAAACUGUAUGAUCAGUGGCGGGUGUGGCUGCAGAAAUCGCAUAAAACGCCCAACCAGGUAGAUUCAACAAGACGAUAAUUCAUAGCACCACUGCGGUGUUUAAUUCAAGAACAGCGUCAAGAAGCACUGACGGAUAACUGGCCCCGAGCGUCUCAGCUGUGUGCGAGGUCCAACGCCCUGGCUGAGGGAUACUGCAGUGUUUGGUCAUCGGCCUUGAGUUUAAAGGGCCCGGGUGGAAGAUAACUGAAGUGAGACAAUGCAGCCUUUCUCUGCCAUUUCCGCUGGCCGAAUCUGUCUUUGCACAAACACUAACAUCCAGGGCCUCGUAACUGCACUUUUAUUCUGUAUAAAAGAAAGAAGUUAUGUAAUAGUUCAGACUUUUUAUUAACUUGAUGUAAGAUAAGCAAGUCUUAAAUGGUACUUUGAAGUCAAAUGGUAACAAAGCAUUACUCAAGCAUGUGGGAAAAAAUAUUAUGUAUUUCAGUGACAGUAAAAUGAGGGAAUGUGGAAUGAGUACCAAAUAUGGGUAUCUAUGUUUGCAAGUCAAGAAAUGUUAAGUAUUUUUUUGUAAAGCGGAAGUUAACGAACAGUUUUGUACUUUUCUAAAUCUCUAAACAGAUCAGAAUAUGUGAAAUUUACAUUUACAAAGCCAGUAAUCAAACAUCAAAAAUAUUUUCUACCAUCAGUGCAUUUAAAUUUAGAUCUUUCUAAACUGCAUAAUUAGUGAUCAGUGAUUAAACCCCAAUAAAAUAAGGCCCCAUUAUCUGUAACGUGUACAUACUGUUGUGUAUCUGAGCAGACAUUUUGAUACUUUAUAUUUUUAUAACUGUAUAUUUAAGGAAUGUGGAUUUUUAAGUUAUAUACUUUACUAUUGGUCAUUAAGACUAAAAAUACUGAGUAUAAAAUGUGUAUAAAAGAACAGUAAAGAGCAGAAAAUA